UUAGGACUGACAACUUUAUGAUGAUGAUGAUUAAUAAUCCAACGCGAUCAGACACAGAUUAACGUUACGCUAACAAUAUGCAUUUUGAAAAGUUUCACGUGAGAUGGGGCAGAAGGUGGUAGAGCCAAAAAUCACCAAGGGGGGAGGGGGAUUGAAAAAUCACCUCACGUAAGUAAUGGAUGCGUUUUACCAAGCAAAAUGCGAAAUUAUGAGCUGCUGUUGACAAUUUAAUGUAGAAAUGAAUUUUCCAACUGGAGACAGUAAAUUUAUCCAUGCUUUAAUUUAUAUUACUACAACUUGCAUUUUACUUGUUUCUCACUACUUUAUUUGACUUUCAUGCUAUUCCAAAUACAAUGACGGCAUAAGAACUCCUUACUCUUGCAAACGUAUUGUUCGUGUAAACAAUCAAACAUGCGCAUACUGUAAACACACGCUCUAUUCAGCCUGUGGCUUCAUUUUUUUUACUUGUUCCUUUCGAGAUGUUUAGUUGGGGAUGUUCAACCACUCAAUUAACAACUACCAAAGCUGUUAAUCUGUAAUUUCGUUUAAGUUCAGCAAUUUUUUUAUAUACCUACGGAAAAUGUUGGUGAUGAUGGAUAUAAUUGAAACUUUUCUUAUCAUUCAGUUUACUAUUUGCGUUUUUGGUUUAAAAAAUGUGAAUAUAGUAAUCGAACCACCUAUUGUUGAAAAAGGUAAUAGUGUGACUAUACAAUGUAACUAUGAUUUGGAAGGUGAACUUUUAUACAUUGUAAAAUGGUAUCGAGGGCAAAGAGAAUUUUAUAGGUACGUUCCCCAAUCCAGGCCCACAACUAUGAAAUUCCCGUUUAAUGGUUUAGAUAUUGAUGAAGACCAAUCAAAUGAAAAUCGAGUUCACCUUCGAAAUGUUGAUUAUAAUUUAGCUGGCAAUUUUUCUUGUGAAGUUUCAACUGACGCCCCGGCUUUUUAUACCAAUAUUGUUAGCAAAGAAUUGAAAGUAGUAGAAUUGUCUAAGAAUAAAAGGCUUCCAGUGCUUGUGACCGACAAACCAAAAUAUGAAGAAGGAGACGUUUUAAAUGCAUCAUGCAGCUCUUCUCCAUCGAAUCCAGCUGCAUCAAUUUAUUUUAUUUUAAACAACAUUGUAAUAUGUGGUCCUUGUAACACGACCAUUUACAAAAAAGAAGGACUUUGGCUGGCUCGUUCAAAUUUACUAUUGCCCCUUUUUCCUUCACAUUUUAAUACGGAUAACUUGAUUCUACGAUGUGUUACUCAUGUUACUGACCGUUAUCAGCAAGAGAUAGAAAUUCAGAUUUACAAUAGACCGUAUCCAAUUCCACAAAGAGUUAUUUCCUCUGGCGCAAUUUUAACCAACGGUAAACUUUUAUUAUCAUGCCUAACUUUAAGUAUAUUUGUUUGCUUUUAUAAAUAGGUAAUACUAAAUAGUCAAUAAUAUUGUAUUUUUUACAUAUACACAUUUUUUUAAAUAUAAACUCAGAUGCUGAAUUCGGACGUUACCGGAUAUCAAAUAAAUUAGCAGUAGCCGAAAUCCUUCACUACUCUAAAAUAUUAACCACAACGUUAUGAGCAUGGAAAAGCAUUUUUUCACAAUCUUGUUUUAAUAUUCUAAUACUUGUUAGUUAGCCCCACCACAGGCAAAACUCUUUCUCCAUUUAAUUAUAUGUAUGUAUAAUUAGAACAGAGAUUUAGGUGGGGGGGGGGGUUAGCGUCUUAGCCAGAGCUCACGCAUUGGAAUUCUGAAUUCGACCAAACUACAGUAAUUCAACUUCACUUAAUGCAAAACACUUUAUACAAUGCAAAAUUAUGUAAUGUUUUCAUUUAUUGUUGCAAAAUAUCAAUUAUGUUGUUCACAUUGAGAGCUUUUGCGACUUUUCUCUCGGUUUUCAUCCAAUGGACUUCAUCAUUCUAUUCACAUUUAUGCAAACAUAUAUUCAGUUAUUACAAGGGCUGUUGUGUAGUUACUUUUAAUAAUGUUAUUCAGGCGUUGAUUCCACCCCUUUGCGGCAUUGUUAGUACGAUGCUGUUAUCCAUAGUUAUUCCACAUGGCAAGCAAUAUGGUUUGAUUCUCCAUCUACUCUUCUACGAAAUAAUAAAAAGAAUUCUUGUAACUUUGGUGAAGAUGGAGCAGUUUCCAUUAUAAUUAACGAGGCUUCUUCUACAAAUUGAAUAGGAACGUAUGCUAUUACUGCACACGUUCUUAAAUGCAGCAUCCUUAUGUCUUCGUUGUUUUUAUAGUAUAAGGGUGAGGACCACUCAUUGUAUUUUUCUCUACGGACACUGUCUAAAAUAAUAAUUGCAUCCGCUUAUCUGCACAUUAGGAAAGAAACACUUCAGUGAAGAUAUCGGAGCCUGUUCAAAGUCCAUUUUUAUUGUUUUCAGUUCAAAAUAAUUGUUUAGUUAUAAGAGUAAUCCUAA